CCAUAUUUUAUGCUCUAUGGAGAAGUGUUUGCUGAUGACAUUGAUCCUGACUGUGGUGGUAAGGACCAGAUCCCGUGUCAUUAUGGUCGAUGGAUCACUCCAACAGUUAUGUCCAUGUACCUGUUAGUUGCCAACAUUCUUCUCAUCAACCUCUUAAUUGCUGUAUUUAACAACAUUUUCAUGUCGGUCAACUCCAUAUCUCGACAAGUGUGGAUGUUCCAGAGAUUUCAGGUUGUCAUGGAGUUUGAAGGCAAGCCUGUAUUUCCCCCUCUCAUCAUCCUCUCACACAUUCAUCGAAUCAUAAAGUAUUGCAUCAGAAGAUGGAAAGGAAAACCUUUAUUGUAUGACAAUGGUUUGAAAAUAUUCCUUGAUGGGGAGAGCCUAGAGCGCCUUCAUGACUUCGAAGAAGAAUGUAUGGAUGGUUAUAACAGAGACAAAGAACAAAAGGAACAGAUGAGCACAGAGGAACGUGUCCGUGUCAUGGCAGAGCGAACUGAGGGUCUAAUGCAACGAAUUGAAGACAUGCAUAGUAAGUUUGUUGCUGCAAUGACUUCUGUAAAUAACCUUGACUUCCAUGUCAAGCGUUUAGAAGAAACAGUGGAGCAGACAAAAAACAGUUACGCUGUGGUUCAUCGCUUUAUGCUUAGUCACGUUGGACAUAAACGAUCAAGUUCACCCUGUUCGGGUACUGGUACUCCACGCUCGGAAGGUGGCGGCGGCACAUCCCGCUCUCUCUCACAGACUAGUCUUCAUCGGAUGUUGGAAGAAACUGCACAGCAAAUGUCACGCAGACCUGCCCUUGAGCCAGAAGCCAGCGAUAAGGAAAUGAGUGACACAACAGAUGCAGAACAUGAUAGUCACAAAGAACUCAAAACUUCUUCAAAUAUCUUAGGUUUUGGAGAGCCUUUAAAAACAUCAAGUCCAACAAGUCCAAUGGAAGUAUUUAAGUUAGAUUCUAUAAGUGCUGUAAAUACUAGAAGAGCAAAAGCUCAGAAUCGUCACUCAAACCAGAAAUUGGAUUCUGAAUCUGGGAGUUCUCUGGGUCGUAGUUCACGAGAACGCAAGCUGUCUGGAGGUAGGAAAAGUAGCAUUCGAAAGUCUACAAAACAUAGUGGUGAUGUGGUGAAGGUUUUCAGUCCCUCGAAGGUAUGUUUCAUGGAUGUAGAUAUUGAAGAUGACUCUGAUUCUGGUGAAGGAGAUCCAGGGACUAGAAAGUUGAGUGCAGAAGAGGAAAUGCAUCUCAGAUAUAUUAGAGCCAUGACAUCUCCUGGUGAGGCUACUGUCCUUCAUUCACCACCCAAAUAUGAAAGAAGUCUAUCUACCUCUUCCUGUCGCCCCAGAAUUCAAGUAAUUCCUCCAACGUCACCUCCACCAAUUUUCACAUUUACCAGUGAAUACACUAGUUUGGCUGAUGAGUUAGAAACUGUUUGCAUGUCCAGAUUAUCCCCACCCUCGUCUCCCCACUUGCAUUAUGCUGGAAGGGUCGUCCCACAGCUGCGACGACGCCAUCGUUCAGAUUCUACUGGCAUUUCUAUUACUGUUAGUUCUAAUCCUUUGCGUGAUGCAGAAGAAGCUGAUUAUCAACUAAUGGAAGGCUUAAUUCAGAGAAGAAUGCACCGAGACUCGGAAAAUUUGGCUGUUUCUCUGGAGGACCUUUGUUCUGUGAGAACAGAUCUCUCUGACACAGAUGAUGGUAUGACCACAUUUAAUGUUCGAAGAGACUCAAGAGCAGCAGAACUUCGAAAGCGUCAUAGCACAACCAGUAUAGAUAAUAACCCUUCAGAAUUAUUAUCCGUGCCUGGGUCCAAGCAUUUGCCCUCCUUGCAAACCAUCAACCAAAGUCUUCAUCACUCGUCUUCAUUAUGUGGCAGAGGUACUCGACUCAUAUCUUCCCAAACCAGGUAGUCCAA